AAAGUUGUCUUUUGAAGUACUUUGAGAAAGGAGUGUGUGUAAUGUAAUCAUAAAGUUUACAUAUCCUAAAUUCCUAAUCCCAAACUCGAAAUAAAAUAAACAAACAAAAGAGUAAAGACAAACCCACAAAACUCACAAAAUCCCCUUUUUAAAGCAAUCAAAAAAACCUCUCAAAUUCAAUCAAUCAAUCCCACUUUCUUUUCACGAUCCAUAAUAAUUCCCCUAAAUUCUCGAAUUCUCGCUAUUUUGGGCGACUUUCUUUUUGCAUAAAUGAGGUUUUUAAAAAGGGUUGCUGGAUUUCUAGGGUUUGGGAAGGAUGAAUCUCAUGAAGCUAAAGAAGAUGAUGAUGAUGUUAAUCGUAAUAAUUCUGAUGAUAAUCAUCGCAAUCGGAUGAAUGUGGACCCAAUUCAUGCGGGCCCACGUAAAGGGUUCAGUGUUCCAGUACAAGUUCCUGUUGAACGACCUGUUGUGGGUCCCAUUUUAGUCCCUUGUAAUGGCGAUGGUGGACUUCAGGGUCUUAGGUGGUAUGCAGAGCGUCUGAGAAUAGAUGAAGAUGGGGAUGUAGCAGAUGAAUUUUAUCACGAAGUUUCACCAGAUACACUUGUCGUUCAAGAUCAGCCGAAACCAAUGCCAAGGUUCCAGGUGAAGCGCAAUGUAAGACGUGCAAAAGUGAAUAAUCAGCAAAUGACUCCUGAUGGCAAGUUUCAACAUUUGGUGGAAUGUCAAGGUAGGUUGCAGUGGGUAUAGCAGGUACUAAACAGGGUAUAUGCUCUCACUCGAGAGAGGGAGAGGUGGUGGAUCGGGAUUCGGGGGUAAAAGUAGAGCCUCACAACAAACUGGGUGUAAAUUGCUUUAUUGAAAAAGCAAGAGCUCAAAUGUUGCCAAUAUACUCAGAAGAAAAUCUUUUCCCUGUGCUAUAUUUUGAUGUAAGUUCUUUCUGUCAGGGAGUUUGUGUUUAUAUCAAUAUACAUCCGGCUUUUAACGUGUUCCCAAUCGUAGGCUAGCUGGGCUUGUUGACGAAGUAACAAUGUGCUUAAUACUAUUACGCCAUUUUUUA